GGAAGACACAAACUAUAUUCUCAUAAAGAUACAUCGCGAUAUUGAAUAAAUUUUCCGGGGAACAAACAGCACACAAUUAGAUGCAUGAAGUCACGGGACGUUCUUUUAUCAAUUUGGGGAUUGCAUGGGAUAACUCGUGUACACACCCAGGGUACACACGAAUCCUUCGAAGUUCGAGCACCAAAAGUCCAAAACAACGUCAAACCAUCAAACAUGGAGGAAGUGAACAGAAAUAUUGCAACAAUUUUUGAACAGAACAUUCCAAGUGGCAAGAAAGCUCUUCAAGAUAGCCAUAAAAAUCUUGCUGAAAUCGCCGAUUAUUGUGAGCGACAAUAUAUAUCGGUGAAUAAUACGUACAAAAGCAACGAUAAGACGAAAGCUUUGGAAGAAACACGAGCAGUUUUUGCCGAGACGAAACAGUAUGCGACACAAUCUUUGGCCAGUGUCGCUUAUCAGAUUCAUGCGCUCGCCGCAAGUGUCCUCGAUUUGCUUGAUAAUCAAGCAAGUCAACUUAGUCAAAUGAAUUCUGAUAUCAGCUAUAUUUCCAAUGUCGUUCAUGUGCACAAGGAAAAAGUAGCCCGUAGAGAGAUCGGUGUCCUGGCAUCAAGCAAAAACACAACACGAGGACACAAAAUAAUCGCUCCUUCACAGAGAGAACAACCCAAACGUUACCAAAGGCAGCCGAUUGACUACAAUGCACUAGAUGCAGUCGGUCACGGUUCCAAGUCUGCUACAGCAGAACCAAAGCGGAAUCCGUCUGUACGUAGCAAUCAACGAUCAACGGCUGUACCCAACACGCCUACAGCACCUCCCACCGCACCAAAGGCGGUUACUACAGGCACUCUUCGAGUUCGAACUAAGAACCAACCACCCCCAAGUGCACCCCCACCCCCACCUGAAGUUCCAAAAAUCCCAAAUGGGGGAUACCCCCCUCCCUCUUUGCCAAAUGUUGCCCCACCCCCGCCACCCAUGAUAAACCCACCAGGCUCCCCUGUUGACUUGCCACCACCACCCCCUCCAAUACCUGCAGAUUUAGAACCUAUGUCACCAGGUCCACCACCACCUCCCCCUAUGACGCUUGAUGUGGAUGGUAAUCAAAAUGCUUUGCAUGAGUUCCUUCCACCACCGCCUAGUCCUUUCGCAAAUCAGGGAGAGCCGAGUAGCUCAGGUGAAUUCAGUCCAUUACCACCGCCACCCCCACCGAUGCCCGAUGCAGAUCCUGCGCCUGCCCUCCCGGCUUGGGUUCCUGAAAACUACGAGGAAAAAGUUGUCAGUAUUUAUGAUUACGAAGCAACCAGGGACGAUGAAUUGUCAUUCAAAGAAGGGGAAAUAAUCUAUGUGUUGAAGAAAAAUAGCGAUGGAUGGUAUGAGGGAGUCUUAGAUGGCAUGACUGGGCUAUUUCCAGGAAAUUAUGUGGAAAUUACCCUAUAAACGGUUGCAGUCAUUCUAUAAUUAUGCUCUAAAUUAAAUUCAAUCUUUGUUUUAAUGAACAUGUUAUCUAUCAAUCCACUAAACUCUUAAACUUGGCUGUAAAUGCUGACUGAAGCGUAAUACUUGUAAUGUGAUUUUGCAUGAUUUUUUAUGUGAAUUCUAGCUAAUAUACGAAUUAGAUUCAGAGUUGAGUUAUGAUGUUAUAAAGCUAUGAGUUAGAUGUCAUAUGUAUAGUUUCAAUAAAUUCUUUAGACAAUUACUAUAUAGACUUUAUAUAGUGA